CACGGCUUGUUAUGUAAUUAAUUCAUAUUGUUUGACAAACUUCAUGAAAUUUACGCUGAAACAUAACAUUAUACUUACUUAUUAAGUUUCUGUUUGUACAAUUCUCUAAGAAUGAAUAUAAUUCUUUUUAAAUCAAUUUGAUUUAUGUACCUGACUUAUAAGAAAUAACCAUCAAGAACCCUUGAAGCCACCAAAAUGAUUUCAUUAUUCACAAAAAAAGUUCUGAUAGAUUCAAAUGUAAGAAAUAAAAAAUUGUUUCCUUACCUGAGACGCUUUGUCAGCAAGGAAUAUUCGGAUGAGCAGAAAGCAAGAAUAUUAGAAGUAAUAAAUGCCGACACUUCAGAUCUAUUAAGAUAUGAUAUUUCUAAAAUUAGACACAAAAAAUUUACAAAAUGGAUAGCUAAGAAUGGACAGCUAAAAAGUAUUGAUGAAAUAGAAAAAAUAGAAGGAUUUUCUGAGAAAACUGCAAUAAAACUGUUUGAUAGUAUUGUAGACACAACAAAUAAUUCAGCUAUUGCUAAGAAACUAAAAGGCCAAGUGCUUAAUCCACCUUUAAGUGAAAGUAUUCAGAGUUCCUGCAAGUCGGUGCUGGCAAUCCAUGUAACAAUGUACUCUGUGUGUUGGACACUUAUACGCAGAUCUAGGUAUGAGGUAGAAGAGUGGAAAUAUUAUAAAAUUGACUACCCAGAUGGAAGAAAGAUGCAGCUUCCGGAUAUUUACAAUAUUGCUGCAGACGUGACAAACCAACUUCCAGUAGCUGAUGUCUAUGUAAUGAAGGCAGAGGCGACGACGCUCAGGGCGGCUGGCAGUGAUCCCAACAAUCCAAAGAUGCUCGGAGUCAAUCUCCAGAAGGCCCAGAUGAUAGCUAUGAUUGUAGCUCUGGUCAACUCCCGGGAAAGCAGUUGUGAUAAAAUUGGUGAUGAUGACAACAAAGUCCAUUUCCUGCGGCCAACAUUACCAUUCAGAUUGUAUGGUACUCUAGUUGGAAAUGAAAGAGUAUCUACAGACCAGGCGGUGGAACUACUCCUCCAAGACUCCAAGGUACGGACUUCAGAUUAUUCCAAAGUAUAUGUUCCUGAGCACCUACAGGCUAUGUUCAGAAGGCAGGAAGAACUGCUAAAAGACAUGCUCGGCCAGUGUCUGCUCCUGGCCUUGACUUUCAUGGACGUGUGCGUAUACCUUAACGUAGAUAGCAUAAGUAAAUUGUUGAAGAGCUCGCAGAGUUGAAUAAAUUAUUAUUAAUUCA